AUGUCACUUAACCUACAAGAAAUUACCAAUACCAAAACUCUAAAAGUAUUUGAAAAAUUUUAUAGAAGAGAGGUUAUUUUACCUGUUUUAAAAGAUGCCACUCGGGAUCAUAACUUGCUACAGGAACAUGAACGAUUACUACAAAUAACUGAUACGGAGAAAAUCGAUUUGCCAGAAAUAAUCUCUGACUUUGAGUUAAAGUAUAGACAGAUACAACACAUUUUAGUUGCAAUUGAAUGUCACAUGAUCGUUCAAAUGAGAAAGAAAGUAGCUAAAGAUCACAGUUUCGUUUUAACUGAGAAAGUUAAAAUCGAUCAUACCCUUCCUAAUGAUUUAUGGCAAAAGGAGGGAACAGCUGAAACGAUCAUAAUUGAUCGACCUUACUUAGCCGAUGACUUUGUUCGAUGUUUAUCCAAGAAUAUUAAAGAUUCAGGCGAUAAUAUCAUCAUUAGCAAAACCUAUCUUUCUGACUGUUUAAGAAAGUUAGAUUGUAAAGUAAUGGAAAGAGAACGAAUCUGCUACGAAAACUAUAGUUCAUUUUAUGAGGGACUGUUAAAACAUCUCCGCUACCUAUGUCAUAUAAGAGAACAGGAAGUAAAGAAUCUCCAAUCUACAGUAGGACAAAUAUCAGAAGAAAAUUUUGCUAACGCUCACUUUCAGUUAGCAGAUAAAUUUUAUCAGCUAGUAUUAGAAAUUACUGCGCUAAGAGCAAAAAUUGCUGAUAUGAGAGAUUACAGCUUAGAUCAGGAACAAUUCAUCCGGAAAAACAUUAAAAAUUCGUUUGAUAAUCUGGUAAAAAAUUUAUAUCAUUCGUCUACCACACUAAAAAGUCGAUUUAAUGAUUAUAGAUGCCACUUCUACAAUGACAUCCAACAAAAUAUUCAAGAGACCAGGAAAAAAACCAUUCAAAAAUUAAAAACCGUAAAAGAUCAAUCAAUCAUAAGUAAAGAUGGAUAUAAAAAACUAGAUGCUAUUUUGGAAAAAUCGCAAAAAUUUCGCGAAUUGCAUAAGGAAAAUAUUUAUUUAAAUCAAUAUGAAGAACAAUUGAAAGAAAAGGUUAAUAAGAUGCAAAAGGGAAAUUUACAAAUAAAGAUGAAAGCUGACGAAGAAAUUACAUUGCUAAGACAGCAGCUGGAAGCUUUACGGAAGUGUAUAGAGCAUUUGGAAAAGGAUAGAGAAUCGUUACAGAAGAAAUUAGCUGCAGAGGAAUAUGAAAAAGUACAAAAAACUCAUGUUGCUCAACAGCAAGCUCAGAAUAGGAAACAAUUGGAACUUGCAAAAAGAGAAAAUUUCCUGCAGCUGAUCGAUGACUUAAAAACUAAGGACGUCUUAUUGCAAGAAGUUACCGGGAAAUUCGAAAAGAAUCAAAAGGAAGUUGCCGUAGUUGAAGCUAAAGGCAGAAAGGCUGUAGAACAUUUACAGAAGAAAAUAGCGCACGAAAGAUCUCUCAAACUUAAUGCUUUCCAUAAAGUAGACGAUCUUCAAGUUCAAAUUAACGAAUUUGAAGAGAAGCAAUACAGCCUCUUAAACUCUAGUGGUCGGGCACAACCAUUAAAAGACAUUAAACUUAAAACACGUUGUUUUAGCGCUAUUCCAAGGGGACCCGGCAGUUCUCACAUACAAGCAGCAAAUAACGAUCGCAUUAAAAGGAUGACAAGGCCCAAAACUUGUAAUGCUCGUUUGCGAACUAGUCGAUCUACUCGCGAAGAAAGCAUUGAAGGAGUGGAGAUACAAGAAUUAUAG